AUGGAGUCACAAGAUUUUCAACAUAAGCUUGAUGCAGCAAAAAAACAUAUGAAUGAAGUAAAAAAGAAGAAACGUGUAAAUUCUUCUAUAAAUAAUCAAGAUUUAAAUGAAAAUGUUUCAGUUUCUCUAGAAAGUUCAGAAACAAUAUCUUCUCCUGUAACAAAUAAACCUAUGUUAGAAACUGUAAAAGAGGAUCCUGAAAUUUAUUCUAAAUCACAAAUCAAAGAAAAAAUUUUAAAUCAAGUAAAUAUUCAGGACGUUGAAAGUUCUAAGUUUAUGGAAAAUGUUAAAUCUUUAGAAGAAGAUAUAGUAACAAAACUACACUCAAAAAAAACAGUUUUAAAUGAUUCACUAAAUCCUUCUGAAUCUAUAAGAACACUACAAAAUGAAGUAAAUGAGCUAAAAUUACGUGUAUCAUUAUUAGAAAAGAAUUAUCAUGAAAUCAAUGAUAAGUUAAAUAUAAUUUUAUCAAAAAUACAAGUAAAUAAUGCACUAUUUGAGGAAAAAAAAGAAGCGGGAUUUAUAGAUAAUGAAAGAAUAAAUCAAUUGGAAAUGAUCGUAGAGGAUUUAAAAGAUAAGUUAGAGAAAAGUCAAGAAAAACAAAAAAUAUUAGAAGCAUCGCCGAAAAUAAUUUGUCAAACAAAUCCUCAAACACAUGAUGAUUUAAGUUUUGAAGAUAUUUCAUUAAAUACUACCUAUCUGUCGCCGAUAGUAAAAAAUACUACACAAAUUUACCAUGAAACAUGUAAGAUAGACUUAAAAAAAAUAGGUGGAUGUGCAGGAUGUAUAGGGGAUAUUUUUGAAGUAUAG